AUGAACUCUUAUCACAGAAAGCAAACUGUUACGUAAGGUUUCUAACAACUCUUUUUGGUCUCCGUGCGGUAAAACGGCAAAGCUUGGAUGGAAGGUAAUGCACAAGAAACAUAUUACAAAAUGAUACCUGGAUCAGCAAUUAAUGUACUGAGAAGCCAAAGGGUUCUGUGUGGCAAUGACAUUUGUCCAGCAGUUAUUCUCAUCAAGGAUGGGAAAAUCAAGAGCAUUCUCCCUGAUAGUGCUUUAGAUCUGGAUGCUGGUGAAACAGAAAAGGUGGUAGAUGUGGGCAGUAAGCUGAUCAUCCCAGGCAUUGUUGACUGUCAUGUCCAUGUUAAUGAGCCUGGCCGAACCACUUGGGAGGGGUACUGGACUGCAACCCAAGCAGCAGCAGCAGGAGGGGUCACUACCAUCGUAGACAUGCCCCUCAACAGCAUUCCACCCACUACCACUCUGGAAAACCUAAGAGAGAAAAUUCAGGCAGCUGAAGGGAAAUGUUUUGUGGACACUGCAUUCUGGGGAGGUGUGGUGCCAGGCAACCAUUGGGAACUCCGGCCCAUGAUUAAAGCAGGAGUCGUCGGCUUCAAGUGUUUUCUCAUCCAUAGUGGUGUGGAUGAGUUCCCUCAUGUUACAGACAGCGACCUUCAUGCCGCUUUGGAGCAGCUCAAAGGCACUGGAAGCGUUUUACUAUUCCAUGCUGAGCAGGAAAUUCAGCCUCCAUCUGAUGAAGAUGUUACCACUUCAGAUCCUUGUGAAUACUCAACUUUCCUGAGAUCCAGACCAGACACCAUGGAAAUGGAGGCCAUUAGAACAGUCACACAGCUCUGCCUCAGAUACCAGGUGCGGUGCCACAUCGUGCACUUAUCCUCUGCUCAGGCCCUGGGCCUCAUUCAAGAGGCACGCUUGGCUGGUGCCCCACUGACAGUGGAGACUACCCACCAUUACCUAACUUUCUGUGCUGAAAACAUCCCCCCCGGGGCUACCCAAUUCAAAUGCUGUCCCCCCAUUCGAGGGAAGGCUAAUCAGGAGCAGCUGUGGUCAGCACUGAAAUCUGGACUUAUUGAUAUGGUGGUUUCAGAUCAUUCCCCCUGCAUUCCAGAUCUUAAAACCCUUCAAACUGGAGACUUUAUUCGGGCCUGGGGUGGGAUUUCCUCCCUACAGUUUGGUUUGUCACUGUUCUGGACUACAGCCAGUAACAAGGGAUUUUCAGUUUCGGACAUGGUAAGAUUACUCUGCCAAAAACCAGCAGAACUGUGUUGCCUUGACAACCAGAAGGGCAGCCUUUCUCCAGGCCAUGAUGCUGACCUAGUUAUAUGGGAUCCAGACAAAGAAUUUGAGGCAAGUAUUGAGUAUUUUAUAUACUUUUCAAAGAAAUAUCCAAAUGUCUUAUUGCUGCAAAAGCAUAAUUCUAUUAUAUUCCAGGUGAGAGAUGCAAACAUAUUUCAUAAAAAUAAGCUGACUCCAUAUCUUGGCUGCAAACUUCGAGGAGAGAUUUAUGCAACUGUUGUCAGGGGGAAGAUUGUCUACAGUCAAGGCUCUUUCUCCCCUCAACCUCUCGGAAAACAUCUUUUCAUUACCCAGCCACAGGCUAAUGAAGAAAAAUCUAGUUUUGCUUCAUAGAUUGUAUGAAUGAAUGAAUAUUGUUUAAUUCAAUGUAUUAACAUGUUAUGAUACUAUUAAAUGGACACAUUUUACUAGAAACUAAAUUUCAGUAGUUACAUAUUUUCUGACUGUCUAUAUUUUUUUCUUAGAGUUAU